AUGGCGAUGAAGGAGAAGAUUACAGGAGUAAAGAGUGGUGCCGGGAAGGCCGCCGGAGUGAAGGAUGUGCAUUACAGAGGAGUGAGAAAGAGGCCAUGGGGACGAUACGCCGCUGAAAUCCGAGACCCGAGUAAGAAGAGCCGGGUCUGGUUGGGUACCUUCGACACGGCGGAGGAGGCGGCGAAGGCUUACGACACCGCCGCCAUAGAAUUCCGCGGCCCCAAGGCCAAGACCAACUUCCCUCUGCCUUCUGAAAUCACCAAUAGCCAGAGCAGCACGGUGGAGUCCUCGAGCCGUGAUGGUCUCCCUCCAGCACCGCCUGCGAUUGACCUCACGCGCCGCGUUGUUGUCCCCGGAGAUGUUGGUGGGUCCGUUGCUGGGUAUAAUCAGUUUUAUCACCGCCAGCCUGCGUACGCUGUCCUGCCAAAUGGUCAAACGGUGUUAUUUUUUGAAGCGCUUGCGCGGCCGGCGAUGGUGAACGGGGGAAUUCCGUACCGAUUUGACUCGGUGGCGACUGAGUUAACUCGUGGGUAUGGCGGAGGUGCACUGAGUGACUCGGACUCGUCCUCUGUUGUUGAUGAGAGUAGUCCUGUAAAGAAGGUUCUUGACCUUGAUCUCAACUUAUCUCCACCUAUGGAGAAUUGA